AAAUGUGAGAUGUGAAAGAACAAUAUUGAGAUGUUUGUCUCAUUACUGAGAUAAUACUUAAAAGGGAACACAGCUGUGACAUUUAAACUGUGUGAGUGAUGUCUGAUGAAUCCAAGGAGGAAAAGGUAGAUCCUCCCGAGCCAGCCCAGAAGGAGAAUCAUGAGACUCGGUUAUAUCAGGAUAUCAAAUCCACUCAGUGGCCCAUCAUCUACUCCCCAGAGUACAACAUCGGAUUCCUAGGACUGGAAAAACUCCAUCCCUUCGAUGCAGGAAAAUGGGGGAAGGUAUACAACUUCCUAAAAGAUGCUGAGAUGAUCCGAGAUGAUACGACAGUACGAGCCAUUGAAGCAACAGAGAGGGAUUUACUGGUAGUCCACACCAAGGGUUACAUCAACAACUUAAAACUUUCUUCCAUUAUUGAGGGAGCAGAUGAGUGGAGUAUCAAUGUAGCGGCCAUAACGGAGGUUCCCCCUGUUGCUUUCCUCCCUAACUUCAUUGUCCAGAGGAAAGUCCUCCGACCCUUCAGGUAUCAGACCGGGGGGACAAUACUGGCAGGAAAACUUGCCCAGGAGAGAGGAUGGGCUAUCAACAUUGGGGGAGGAUUUCACCACUGCUCGGCAGACCGUGGAGGGGGGUUCUGUGCCUACGCUGACAUCACCCUGUCUAUCAAGUUCAUGUUUGACCGACUUGAGGGGAUAGCUAAGAUCCUUAUUAUAGAUCUAGAUGCUCAUCAGGGAAAUGGUCAUGAGCGGGAUUUCAUGAAUGAUGAACGAGUUUACAUAAUGGAUGUAUAUAACAGAGGAAUCUACCCUCAUGAUGGCUUUGCAAAACGAGCUAUAAAAAGGAAAGUGGAACUGUCUCACUUCACUGAUGAUACAACCUACCUAGCUCUUGUGGACAGACACACUUCUGAGGCCUUAGAGGAGUUCCAGCCUGAUGCUGUGAUCUACAAUGCAGGGACAGAUAUACUGGAAGGAGACCCCUUAGGGAACCUCUCAAUUUCGGCUCAGGGAAUUAUUGAAAGGGAUAGACUUGUGUUCAGUCAUGUACGAAGUCGAAAUAUUCCCAUUUUUAUGGUGACUAGUGGAGGAUAUCAACGAAGCACUGCACGGAUCAUUGCAGACUCCAUCCUUAAUCUUAAACAGCUGGGACUAAUCGGCUGCAAGGAGGCAGAAAAUGCCCCAAAACCUCGGAUAAGAAUUCCUAGGAGUCAGAGUGAAGGAUUCCUGGCCAGAAUAAAAAGAAACUGUCAAUCACAACCAGAGACCAAUCCAAUUGAAGCAAAUUCAGGGGGAUGCUCCUCAUUGGCUGAAAGUUGAAGGAAGGAUAUGGAUCUAUGAACACACUGUGAUAUUAAUUUUAUUUUAUCUUGAUCUCAUGUUUUAAUAUAUGUUUUCUCAUUGAAGAGCUAUAUCAUUUUCAAAAAUUGUAAUGGUUAUAUUCUAGACAAGAGAACUUUUCAUAUGUUGUGAAAUGUAAAUUGCAUAUAUGCUCCAUGUGUCAGUGAAUUUAUGCCCAAAGACUUUUGUUUUUGUUUCCUGUUUUAACAUGAACCAUUCCACACCAGUGCUGAAAAACUCAUACAUUGAUUUUGAAAUGUUGAUGUUGACAGAUGUAUUGUGCAAUAUUAAGUUUCCAUGAUCAUAUAGAUUGUAUGUUACACUAGUUUUUAAAGAAAGAAUUAUAUUAAAAAGAGUCGAUUAACAAUGUUUGUUUGUUAGCCAGUUUGACCAAUUGUUUUAUUACAGUGUACAUAUUAUAAUUUCACUGCUUACAUUGAAUUUAAUGUAUAUAUAUUUUAGGUCCAUUAUCUUAUCAAAGUUCAGUGAAAAUAAAAGCCUGGUACAUGUACUACUUGGCACAUACAGUAUUAAAAUAAUAUCACAGGGGGGAAAUGUUAUGUUUAAGUAAUGUAAAAGUAAAUGGUUAUCUAGCAUAAAAAAGAGUUUAGAAUUAGAAUUACAAUCCAAUACAUGUAUUAUUAUACUAGAGUUUCCUAAUGUGACAGGUAAAUGCCCAGCAAAACAUAUAAGCUCUAAAAUGUAUGUAAAGUGUGAAAAAGAAACAAGUAUGGGAUUGUGUUUGCCUAUGUACGUGUAAUAUUUCAUGCAUGCUGAACAAAAGUUAAUUACA